CGCCGUCGCCGGCUCCCGUGGGCACCACGUGUAGGCGAGGCCAGGGCGCGUCGCUGUGAAGGCCGCAGUCGCUGCCGCCGUCAAUUCUGCUCUUUGAUAGUUUCCGACAAAUUUCUUCCGCUUUUAAAAGUGUUUUUUCCUUUUCACAUUUGACUCCAAAUUUGUAACUCCCCCCCUACCACCACCGAUAAAAGAUGAAUGAAGAACUGGAGAGCGAUGUUGAUCCUUAUGGCUACUUCCCAGACCAGGAAGGGCACACGGGUGACCCGAGGCAGGACGGCGCGUUCGAGCGACAGAGCUCGGGCGGAGGCAUGGCCUACAUCGUCCCCGACGUCAUCAAGGACUUUGUGCAGUACUUCCAGCGCACCGUGCACGAGCUCAUGGAGCUGAAGGCCUUCCAGAUCACCUCCAACGGCGGGCCCAACGACAGCAUUGAGCAGAAGCGCUUCGACAUCCAGAACAUCUAUGAGAACAACUGGAAUAAGUUGACGGAGCGAUUCUUCCGGAACUCAACGUGGCCGGAGUCGGAUGUCAUCGCGCCGUACGUGCAGAACGAUCCCGUGUUCUUGAUUCUUUACAAAGAGCUCUACUACAGGCACAUCUACGCCAAGGUGCAGGGAGGUCCCACUCUGGAACAGCGAUUCGAGUCCUACUACAACUACUGCAACCUCUUCAACUACAUUCUGAACGCGGAAGGUCCAGUUCCCUUGGAGCUGCCCAACCAGUGGCUGUGGGACAUCAUUGAUGAGUUCAUUUACCAGUUCCAGUCUUUCAGCCAGUACCGCUGCAAGAUGGCCAAGAAGUCGGAAGAAGAGAUCGAGUUCCUGCGCACCAACCCGAAGAUCUGGAACGUCCACAGCGUGCUUAACGUGCUGCACUCCCUGGUAGACAAGUCCAACAUCAACCGGCAGCUGGAGGUGUACACCAGCGGAGGCGACCCUGAGAGCGUGGCUGGUGAUUACGGCCGCCAUUCCCUCUACAAGAUGCUGGGCUACUUCAGUCUGGUGGGGCUGCUGCGUCUGCACUCCCUGCUGGGCGAUUACUACCAGGCCAUCAAGGUCCUGGAGAACAUCGAGCUGAACAAGAAGAGCAUGUACUCGCGGGUGCCCGAGUGCCAGAUCACCACCUACUACUACGUGGGCUUCGCCUACCUCAUGAUGCGGCGCUACCAGGACGCCAUCCGCAUCUUCGCCAACAUCUUGCUCUACAUCCAGCGAACCAAGGGCCUCUUCCAGCGCUCCAGCUACAAAUACGAGAUGGUGAACAAGCAGAACGAGCAGGUGUUUAAUCUGCUGGCCAUUACCCUGAGCCUGUACCCCAUGCGCAUCGACGAGAGCAUCCACACACAGCUGCGGGAGAAGCUCGGAGACAAGAUGCUGCGGAUGCAGAAAGGAGAGCAGCAGCUGUUUGAGGAGGUGUUCAGCUUCGCGUGCCCCAAGUUCCUUUCGCCCGUGGUGCCCAACUACGACCUGGUGACGGGCACCUACCACAAGGAGCCCUACAUGCAGCAGCUCAAGGUGUUCAUGGACGAGGUGCAGCAGCAGAGCAUGAUCUCCAACAUCCGCAGCUACCUGAAGCUCUACACCACCAUGCCGGUGCAGAAGCUGGCCGGCUUCCUGGACAUGUCGGAGGAGGCGUUCAGGAUCCAGCUGCUCGUCUUCAAGCACAAGAUGAAAAACCUGGUGUGGACCAGCGGCAUCUCGGCCCUGGAAGGAGAGUUCCAGUCGUCCUCCGAGGUGGACUUCUACAUCGACCAGGACAUGAUCCACAUCGCAGACACCAAGGUGGCUCGCCGCUACGGCGACUUCUUCAUUCGGCAGAUACACAAGUUUGAGGAGCUCAAGAAAGGGCUGAAGAAACUGGGGACCGAGAAACCGGCUCGGGUGUAAGCUGCCCCGCGCGCUCCACCUUUGCAUCACCUUCCUCCGGAAAACGACGUGCGGAGAUGCCGAAUGUACCAUUCCCUUGGCAAUUUGCGUUUCUGAUGGACAUGUGCCCAAACAAUGAAUUCGGAACCACCUUUUGCAGAAUUGCUUGCAUCAAUCUUUUUUGUAAAUUUACCCAUUGUCCAUUGGAAUAAAAAGGUGAUAAUUGAAAUGGCA